AUGCCUUUUGGGUUGACUAACACUCUGACAGCUUUUAUGGAUUUGAUGAAUCUAGUGUUUCGACCUUACUUAGAUCAGUUUGUUGUGGUAUUUGUUGAUGACAUUCUGAUAUAUUCUAAAACUAAGGAGGAGCAUGAGAGACACUUAAGCAUUACACUUCAGACUCUACGUGAUCAUCAGGUUUAUGCUAAGUUUGAGAAGUGUGACUUUUGGCAAGAGCAGAUUCAGUUUUUGGGGCAUGUGAUCUCUAAGGAUGGAGUUUCAGUAGAUUCUGCCAAGGUGGAGGCUGUGAUGAGUUGGAAACAGCCUGCUACUGUCACUGAGAUUCAUAGUUUCUUUGGACUGGCAAGAUACUACAGGUGCUUCAUUGAGGGUUUCUCCAAGAUUGCUGCACCUUUGACUCGUUUGACUCGGAAGGACGUGAAGUUUGUUUGGGAUCACCGUUGUGAGCAGGCAUUUAAGGAGCUGAAGACGCGAUUGACUUUAGCACCAGUUCUUACCAUUCCUGUUAGUGGUGAGAGAUUUGUGAUUUACACAGAUGCAUCACAUCAGGGUCUUGGCUGUGUUUUAAUGCAAGAUGAUAAGGUGGUAGCAUAUGUUUCUAGGCAGCUUAAGCCACAUGAGCAGAAUUAA